CUUUAUCACGACGACGCCAUCGCGGCGCCCCGCGUGAAGCUAUCACCAUGAUCCCCCGUGGUUCCUCUUUCAUCUUCCAAACACCCUAAUUACUCAAUCCCACGGUCCUGCAGUCAACCGCCAAAAUGACCUACGUCUACAAUUCCCAGCUGGACGCCUUCACCCUCUAUCACAUCCAAGAAGAAGAGUCUCCCUCUCGAUCCUCAAUCGGCCCCGCCCUCCCCGCCCUCGGCCACGCCCUCUCCGGCGCCGCAGGCACGGCCAUCUCCAAGCUCCUCAUCUACCCCCUCGACCUCGUCAUAACACGACUGCAAGUCCAAGCGCAAUUCCAGGACCCCUCCACUCCCACCCCUACCUCCGCCGACUACACCAGCCUCCUCGAUGCCGCCACGAAGAUCUACAACAACGAGGGCGGCAUCGCCGCCUUCUACAGCGGCGUCGUCCCCGACACCGCCAAGAGCGUCGCCGACAGCUUCCUCUUCUUCCUCGCCUACAACUACCUCCGCAGCCGCCGGCUCACCAGCCGCGGCAGCGCCCGCACGCUCCCCGCCCUCGACGAAAUCGCCGUCGGCAUGCUCGCCGGCGCCUUCUCGAAGCUCUGGACUACGCCCGUGCAGAACAUCGUCACGCGCAAGCAGACCGCCGCCAUGGUCGCCUCGCAGGACCCCAUGGCAACCGCCUCCCCGGACCUGAGCCUGAGGGACAUCGCGCUGCAGAUCCGGCACGAGAAGGGCCUGCAGGGGUUCUGGUCGGGGUAUUCGGCGAGCUUGGUGCUGACACUCAAUCCGGCGGUUACGUUUCUGCUGCAUAAAAUUUUGUUGAGGGCGUUGGUGCCCAGAGCGAGGCGCGAGGAUCCGGGCGCGCGGGUGACGUUCUUGGUCGCGGCGUUGAGUAAGAGUGUGGCGUCGGCGGUCACGUACCCGUUCUCGCUCGCGAAGACGCGGGCGCAGGUGUCGCGGCAGGCGCCGUCUGAGGCUGUGGGGCAGACGUCUGAGAGCGAGAAAAAGGUGGUUAAGGAGGGGGAGGCGUUAAUUGCGGCGAAGGCGAAGAGGGCGAGGCAGAGGACUGUGUUUAGCACCAUCCUUCGAGUCGCGAAGACAGAGGGUGUAGCGGCGCUGUAUCAUGGUCUAGGGGCGGAGAUGCUGAAGGGGUUCUUUUCGCAUGGGCUGACAAUGCUGAUGAAGGAUCGGAUCCAUGGGGUCAUCGUGAGCUUGUAUUAUCUGCUGUUGAAGGCUGCGAAGAAGUACCCUGGUCCAGACGAGAUCCGGGCGAUGGCGUCGAGACGGGCGAAUGGCGCGUAUGAAAGUGGGAAGGAGUUGGCGGGGAAUGCGUCGCAGUAUGCUGGGGACGUGGUGGCGAAUGGGAGGAGCCAGGCUGGGGAGUUGUUCGAGAAAGGGAGGGAGUUGGCGGGGAGUGCGGCGGAGCAGGCCAAGGGUGUAGUUGAGAAGGGGACCGACGGGGCGAAGGGGAUGAUUGGUAGUGGUAAGGAGGAAAAGUGAUGAUUGCUGAUGACUUCUGCACUGUAUUCUAUGAUGGAGACUGGGUCAAUCUUCUGUACAUAUGGGUAGGAUGUUUGAUUGCUGGGAGUUAAAAGCUGCUAGUUUGUGCUUUCAUGUUUCUCAGCGCUACUUUCUACGCUGUAUACUCUCAAGUUUCAAUCAUAUUUGGCAAGAACUUGAAGCAGUUCUACGCACUACACACUGUCGGCUG